CCUCCAAGUUGUACAUCUCCAACAUACCAAUUAAAACAAAAACCACCACCACAACCAUGGCUGAGGAGAAGCACCACCACCAUCUCUUCCACCACAAGAAGGACGAGGAGAAACCUAUAGAGACGGGCGUUUAUUCUGAGGCUACAUACAGUACUACUCAGCCUGCAGAGACGGGUGUUUACUCUGAGGCUGCAUACACUACUCAGGCUAAUCCUGAAGUUGACUAUGAGAAGAAGACGGGUGUUUACUCUGAGGCUGCAUACACUACUCAGGCUAAUCCUGAAGUUGACUAUGAGAAGGAGAAGGGUGUUUACUCUGAGGCUGCAUACACUACUCAGGCUGAUCCUGAAGUUGACUAUGAGAAGGAGAAGAAACACCAUAAGCACAAGGAGCACCUCGGCGAGCUUGGGGUUGCUGCCGCGGGUGCCUAUGCCUUGUAUGAGAAGCAUGAGGCAAAGAAGGAUCCAGAGCAUGCUCACAGGCACAAGAUAGAAGAGGAGGUAGCAGCAGCAGCAGCAGUUGGUGCUGGUGGGUUUGUGUUCCAUGAGCAUCAUGAGAAGAAAGAAACCAAGAAAGAAGAAGAAGAGGCUCAUGGCAAGAAGCACCACCAUCUCUUUUAGUUUAAUUAAUAUAUAAUUACCACCUUAAUCCUAAAUAAUAUUGUCUAGAUCUGCUGCCACAGCAGAUUACGACUGCUUCUUAGUUUGAAAACCAAACCAAACCUUCCUCGGUUCAGUUUGCUUCUUACCCUAUAUCUGUGUGGGGGUGUUAUCUGCUUUUUUCUUCUAUGUAUGCAAUAUAGAUCUAUAUAUCAAUGUGUUCAUUAUAAGGUGUGAAAAUUGCUAUU